AGCUGCUUCUUCUCUGAUUUUUUUCUCUCUAUGAAAUAUUACGAAGAAACCCAGCUGUAGCAGUGAAGAAGAAGGGGGAAGGAAUAACAAAUGGGGGGUUUUGCUUUGGGUUCUGCCUUUGAUUCCAAAUCUGGGCAGAUGAUCAUGGCUGCUUUGCUGUUAAUGAUUGUCUCUUUUUACAUGGGUACCCUUUUUGGAAACAAUGCUCCACUUUACAUCUCUCAGCUUGCCUCUUAUGCUUCUUCUUCUUCUGCUCGUCCUUCUUCUAAUGGCAUUUUCGGAUUUACUAACAAAGUUGGUCUGACUUACCGCAAAACUCCCCUAGUUAUUCCGGAAACUGGGAUAGAUGUAUGCCCUUUGACGUUCAAUGAGUAUAUUCCCUGCCAUGAUGUUUCUUAUGUCACAACAUUGAUCCCAAACCUUGAUCUGUCUAGAAAAGAAGAACUGGAGAGACUAUGCCCUCCACUUGAAAAGCGCUUAUUUUGCUUGGUUCCUCCACCAACUGAUUAUAAAAUACCUAUCAAAUGGCCUCUUAGAAGGGAUUAUGUUUGGCGAAGUAAUGUGAAUCAUACACAUCUUGCAGAAGUCAAAGGAGGCCAGAAUUGGGUCCAUGAGAAGGAUCAGCUCUGGUGGUUUCCUGGUGGUGGUACCCAUUUCAAGCAUGGGGCAUCUGAAUACAUUGAGAGGUUAGGAAAUAUGAUUACAAAUGAGACCGGUAAUCUGCAUUCUGCAGGGGUAGUUCAAGUUCUGGAUGUUGGCUGUGGUGUGGCCAGUUUUUCAGCUUAUCUUCCGUUGGAUAUACGAACAAUGUCCUUUGCCCCCAAGGAUGGUCAUGAAAAUCAGAUUCAAUUUGCAUUAGAAAGAGGGAUUGGUGCAAUGAUCGCUGCCUUGUCCACAAAACAACUACCAUAUCCUACUGGGUCAUUUGAAAUGAUUCACUGUUCACGAUGCCGUAUAGACUGGCAUGAAAAUGAUAAUUUUCAUAUUGGCAUUACAUGUUUGUAUCUAUUCGCUGACACAUACUAUAUAAUUGGUGGACAACAGAUGAAGGAAACCCCAUAUAAGCAGUCAAUAAGCACAGUUUAA